AUGUUAAUAUUAUUAAUAUAUUUUUUAAAUGUAUUUAUUUUAAAUAUUAAUUGUUUAUUUCAUAAAAUCGAUGAAAAUCUUUUAUUAGAUAAAAUAGCAAAUAAAAUAAUAAAUUAUGUUAAUGAAAAUAAAAUUCCAUUAAUAUUAACAAAUAAAUUAAUUGGAGAUGAUGCAGGUUCAAUGAGUUCAACAUAUAAUGGUUAUUUAAAUUUAACAAAUAAUAAUAUUAUAUCAGUUAUAGUUAAAUAUUCAUCAUUUAAAUCCAUAUGGAAUUAUGUACAUAAAAAUGAAAUAGAUCGUUUAUAUAAAUAUGGAUGUUAUACUUAUUUAAAUGAAUAUACAAAUGAAUAUAUUAUUUCAAAUGAAGAUAAAUAUAGAAUAUUAAGUGAAAAUUUAAUUCCAUGUGAAUUAUAUGUUGUAUAUAAAUCAUAUCUAUGUCCUUAUUUAAUGGCAACAUCAACCAUUGUUAAUCCAACAUAUUCAUAUUUUUCAUUUUUUAAAUCAAUUGAAGAUAAUGAUGAUAAUAAAUAUUUUUUUAUUAUAUUUAAAAAAUUAGAAAAUUCAAUAUCAUUAAAAAGUUAUCUACAAUUAUAUUUAAAUAAAUUAACAAUGGAUAUAGUUAAAUAUUUAAUUAAAUCAAUAUUAAUUAGUAUAAUUAAAUUAAAAAAUAUGUUUAUUAUACAUCUUGAUUUAAAUUCAUCAAAUAUAUUUAUAAUGAAUAAUGAUAAUAUACAUAAUAUAAGAUUGAUUGAUUUUUCAAUAAUUAAAUUUAUUUAUAAAAGUUCAUCAUUCAAUGUAAUGUAUUCAGAAAAUUUACAUGAAUCAUUUCAAUCAAUUUUUUUUAAUUGUCCAUCUUGUUUUUAUUCAACUUAUUCAAUUCAAACAAUUAUUUUUGCUCAACCAUUUCAUCAAUCAUUUAAAAAUUAUACCAUCGAACAAAUUUUAAAUCAACCUUUUUUAAAUUAA